AUGGAACGGUUUUUUAAGAGAAAGUCAUCAUGGGGUUCGGGUAGUUCGAAUAAUGUUGAUAGUUCAAAUACUGUGGGCAGUUCAAGAACUCCAAGUUCAAGACAAAGUCAGUCAGAUGGUGUUUUGGGUAAUCUUCAAACGGAUCCUGGAUUAAGAACUCGAAUGAUAGAUUAUGAUGCUAAUAUGAGAGAUGAGGUCCAAAGAUUAUAUCUACAAAAAGGACCUUGUCAACCUAGAUGUCAUAAUUUCCCGAUAACUAAUAUGUCGGGAAUUAAUCGACGCUUCAUUCCCCAAUGGUUUGAUGAGUUUGAUUGGUUGGAGUAUAGUAUAUCUAAAGAUGCGGCAUUUUGUCUCUAUUGCUAUCUCUUUAAAACCAAUUUUGAACAAGUGGGUAGUGAAGCUUUCACUGGAGAUGGAUUUAAGAAUUGGAAGAAAGGGAGAGAAAGAUUUAAGAUGCAUGUUGGACCGGUUGGGAGUGUUCAUAAUAAGGCUAGAGAAGCUGCUACAAAUUUGAUGAAUCAAGCUACACAUAUUGAAACGGCAGUGAGCAAACACUCUGACCAAGCUCGUAAGGCUUAUCGCACAUGUUUGAUAGCAUCAAUCAAGUGCACUAAGUUUUUAUUGCGACAAGGUCUUGCUUUUCGUGGCCAUGAUGAAAGUGCCACUUCAAGUAAUAGGGGAAAUUACUUGGAGUUAUUACAAUUCCUUGCAGAUAAUGAUGAUAAAGUUAAAGAAGUUGUGAUGGAAAAUGCUCUGGGGAAUCUCAAAUUACUAGCUCCUUGCAUUAAAAAAGAAAUUGUGAAUUCAUGUGCCCUUGAAACACUUGAUGCUAUCAUGGAUGGUCUAAAAGAUAGAUUCUUUUCAAUAUUGGUGGAUGAAGCACGUGAUGUAUCGGUGAAAGAGCAAAUGGCUAUGGUGUUGCGUUAUGUGGAUGACUCCGGGCAUGUAAUUGAAAGAUUUGUGGGUAUCCAACAUGUUACCGACACUACUUCAAGUUCACUAAAGGAUGCUAUUGACACAUUCUUUUCUCACAACGGUUUGAGCAUUUCCAAGCUACGAGGACAAGGUUAUGAUGGUGCUAGCAAUAUGAGAGGUGAGUUGAAUGGCCUUAAAACAAAGAUAUUGAGAGAACAACCUUGUGCAUAUUAUGUUCAUUGCUUUGCUCAUCAACUUCAACUAGCUCUUGUUGCCGUAGCAAAGAAGAAUAUAGACAUUGCCUCUUUUUUUGCAACGGCUAAUAGUGUGGUUAAUCAUGUUGGAGCAUCUUGUAAGCGGCGUGAUUUACUUAGAGGGCAACUUCAAGAAGAGCUUGUGAUAGCUUUUGAAAAUGAUGGCACACAGUUGCAAAAUUGGGGAAGAUUUAUUGGUAAAACUUCUAUCAAGUCUACCUCCAAAAUCCCUUAUGCAAUUCAAGUGCGCGGCCAAAUGGUGGUAUGCGUUGAUCAACAAUCCCAGGUUCGUAGACAAUCAACUCUCCAAUUGCUUGCACAACAAUCAAUCAAUCUUUUUGAAGCGAUUAGUCCCUAA